UACGCCAGCUUAAUUGCACACACAUACACACUGUAUGAUCAAUAAUUAUAUGCUAUCAUGGUAGGCUACUGUCCAAUCUGUGGAAAGCCUGUCUACUUUGGUGAGAAGAAGAGGUCCCUGGGGAGAGACUACCACCCUCUGUGUCUGAAGUGUCAAAAGUGCAACAGACAGCUCACAGCCGGACAACAUGCUGAGUAUGACGAGAGGCCGUACUGUUCACACUGCUACCUGAGGAUGUUUGGUCCGAGAGGUAACAGGUGACUGGUGUCGCCGUGCCACAGUGUAUCCCCCCCCACAGGAACCAGAUGAAAGACAGACAUCGAUACGUUCAAGCUAGUUGACUAUCCAUUAUGCAUCAACAAAAUUAAGUAUUUGUCUAUGU